UCGAACCUGACGAAGCAGCAGAAUGGUUUUAAGAUCACGUUGAAGACCCUGGAGGACAACCUGCUGUCCCGUCUCUCCUCUGCCUCAGGGAACUUCCUGGGAGACACAGAGCUUGUGGAGAACCUGGAGAUCACCAAACGCACUGCCGCAGAGAUAGAGGAGAAGGUAUGGUUCUCUCUCUUUUAUUAUCUAUAUUUCCUUCUUUGUCUGUUUUUGAGUCUGUAUGUCUGUCUCUCUUUCUCUCUCUCUCUCAUCUCUGUGGAAUAGCAGAAGAGGAGAAGAUGGUUUUGGAGUUUAGGAUGAUUCGAGUUAAUAUUGGAGCGGGUCCAGGUUGAAAUAUUUAUGAGUAUGAAAGCCUGCGGUACACUGCCAUUAGGGUUUAGCUUGUACAUAAACUGAUUUGAUGGGAGGGGGAACCUAUGCUCUCUGACGUACAGUACGCAGAGGUACGACAAAGCUAGACGUCUGCUCUCAAUUCUACUGUAAACCCUGAGCAAGUGGGGACGUCGUAGAUCUGCACCUUUUCGGAAAGAUCUCACUCUAGAUAUCCCUCUUUCCCUCUCGGUUGCUCUCUCUCCUCCCCUCCAUCUCUCCCCGACUCACUCCCCCCUCUCUCUCUUUCUGGCCCUCACUUUCUCUCUCUCUCUCUCUCUCUCUCUCUCUCUCUCUCGCUCUCUCUCUCUCUCUCUCUCUCUCUCUCUCUCUCUCUCUUCCUACAAAUUAGGAGCUAUUAGCAAUGGUACUUAAUUAACCUUUUACUGCAGUGGGCUAAAUCAGGGUCACACAGUGUUUCUUGGUAGUCUUAAACAAAUCUACAUUGAAACAAAAUGGUUAUGGGCUUAAAAAAAGAAGACACCUGUACCAUGUCAGAUAUAGAGUUGAAAUGUAUUACAUUUUGAGUUUGCAUCCCAAUAUUACACUUUAUAUACAUCACAGUAGACUGGAAUAUUACAAAACCGUUUGACAUAGAAACACCAGAUUUUCCACCAAAAAAACAAAAACGUUGAGUUAUGAAAAAUAUGAAUAACAUUCCAGCCAUGAGGCCACUAGAGUGUGAUUUGGUCAUUUGACGGCAGGAAAGAGUAAUCUCCAAACUGAUGCAGAGCCUCCUGCUCACAGCUUACUGUACUCGCUCACUGUAGAUCGAAACGUUGGCACAAUCACAAAUAUUGAAACUUGGCAAGUGAGCAGUAGAAAAGCUCUUCAUUAGUGACUCAUUAGGCUCAAGGACACCACUUAGAGACUGAGAUGUGAGAGUGGAUUCCUUUACAAAGUGCCACUACUUUGGUAAUACUGGUAUGUUCAGUAAAUGUGUGGCAACAUAUUUUUCACCUUCUCUAUAGGCAUGUUGAAUUGGAUGGCUGCUUUGUUCAGUUGGAUAUUAUGUUAUUGUACUCGCUGUUAUAAUUUGCUAUAAUUUCCCUGGCUGGUGAAUGAGUCCUGUGUGUGUUUUACGUGCCUUUGUGUGUGUAUUUACGUGAGUGUUUAUGUGUGUGUGGGUGUGUGUGUGUUUGCUGUGUGUGCAUUGCAGGUGAAAGAAGCCAAGGUGACUGAGGCCAAAAUCAACGAGGCGCGGGAGCACUAUCGGCCUGCGGCAGCCCGAGCCUCCUUAUUGUACUUCAUAAUGAACGACCUCAAUAAGAUCCACCCAAUGUACCAGUUCUCUCUCAAGGUACACCCACCUCUCUAUUGACCUGACCUGUUAUUGACACUCCCUAGUGAGCGCACACACACACACACAGUUCACUGUUCUCUCUCUCUAGAUACGUUGUCUAAUAACCCACCAUGUUCCCCCCGGCCUCAGAGCUCCCCAGUAAGCUAAGUCUUUACGCACGCUGCUCUGUUCUCUUCCUUUUCCUCCAUUAGUUUCCAGUGUUUUAUGCUUUCUGCUCUUUGUUUUUGUCGCUUCCUACCGCUGUUAUGCUCCACCUAAUGUCCCUGCUAUUGUCACAGGGUGAGGUAUGGUUUGCAAUCACACUGCUCUCUGCAGGUAGCUAGCCACCCUGGGCCAACUGUAUAGAGUUUAAAGGCCCAGUGCAGUCAAAAACGUUGUUUUAUAUAUAUUUCCACACUAUGAGUUUGGAAUAAUACUGUGACAUUAUGAAAAUGAUGAUAAUGCCCUUUUAGUGUAAAAGCUGUUUGAAAAGACCGCCUGAAAGUUCAGCCUGUUUUGGUGGGAUGGAAUUUUGGCCUGCCUGGUGAUUAUAUACAGGCGGUAAAUUAGUUAAUAGACCAAUAAGAAAAAGAGUUCCAAACCUCUCUUCCAAUAACAGCACAUUUUCAGUUUUCCCCUCCCACUCAGACCACUCCUAGCAAAAUUCUUGCUAGAGGAAUUGCUCUUUGCUAAGAAGCUAUUUCAGUUUUUUUUGACGAUUUUAAUUGAAAACAAUCACAGUAGGGCACUUAAUUGUUACCCAGAAAAGUACGAGCUGGCUGGCAAUUGUACAACAGACGGUAUUUAAAAUCUAUGUGUCUGCCCUGUGUGUUUUAUCUACAACAGAGACAUUUCAUCUGAUCAAAGGUCCAAUGCAGCCAUUUUUAUCAUCAGGUGAAAUGUCUCUGCUGUAGAUAAAACACACAGGGCAGACACAUAGAUUUUAAAUACAGUCUGUUGUACAAUUGCCAGCCAGCUCGUACUUUAGAUAUGUUUCAGGAAAUAAAUAAUUUGGGUUCUAGAAGUGUCUGCUCUAUCCAUUGUGUUUUUAUGCUCCAUGCGUUCAGUGUGGUGUUCCAGAAUGUUCUAUGCAUAGUGUUUCUUAUCCCAGGCAAUACUGAGUCUGUUCUAUCCAUUGUGUUUCUAUGCUCCAGGCGUUUAGUGUAGUGUUCCAGAAUGCGGUGCUGAAGGCCCAGGCAGACGAAGUGUUGAAACAGAGAGUGUCUAACCUGAUAGACAGCAUCACUGUCCAAGUGUUCCAGUAUACCACCAGAGGCCUAUUUGAAUGUGAUAAACUCACAUACAUUGCACAGCUCGUCUUCCAGGUACACAGAAAGUCAGAGUUCAAAGUUCAAUAAAAGCUUUAUUGUCCAUUUAUGGUCAAAUAGAAAUGUUUUUACAUGUCAUUACACAGUGACAAAUAUUAGGUACUUAUUAUUGCCCUUUAAAACUGCAGAGGCUUCCUUUUUUGUCUUUAAAAAAGAACAAUAUAGGAAUGAAUGCUAUUUUGACCAUAUGUUUUUUGUCAUUGUGAACCCAGAUCCUGUUGAUGAAUAAGGAGAUCAACCCUACAGAGUUAGAUUUCCUGCUGAGGUAUCCCGUCCAACCAGGAGUGACCUCUCCUGUCGACUUCCUGUCCAACCACUCCUGGGGCGGGAUCAAGGUGAGACAAACAGGAAGUGAAGACGUCAGACCUUCACGGUCGAGGUUGAAGACGCUUCUAACCACAGAUCUAGGAUCAGUUUACCCCACAAAAGCCAAACCUUUAUCAUCAGGGGACAACAUGCUAAACUACUUUAAAUCAGUGUCUAGGGGUAACUUCAUCCUCCUACAUACUUUAGAACAAACCAUCUACUGACUAUCCUUGUCAUUUACAUAUGACUGAACUCAUUUUUCCCCUGUAGUUAUUUUAGCACUUAGUCUGUUUCCACUCCAUAACUCAGUACAUCUGCGGAAGAUAACAUAACAUAAUGGGUGCAGUGAAAUCUACUUCCACUACAAUAGAGCAGUGUUUCCCAAUCCUGGUCCUCAAGUACCCCCAACAGUAUACAUUUUUAUUGUAACCCUGGACAAGCACACCUGAUUCAACUUGUCAACUAAUCAUAAAGCCCUCAAUGAGUUGAAUGAGGUGUGUUUGUCCAGGGCUACAACAACAAUGUGAACUGUUCAGGGUACUGGAGGACCGGAGUUGGGAAACACUGAAAUUAUCACGACUCAGGAUUAAGUCCCAGAUGCAGACAGUUCGAAAUAGCAAAAGUGUAUUUACAAAAACAGGGGGCAGGCAAACGACAGGUCAAGGGCAGGCAGAGGUCAGUAAUCCAGAGCAGUGUCACAAGGUACAGAACGGCAGGCAGGCUCAGGGUCAGGACAGGCAGAAUGGUCAAAACCGGGAAAAACUGGAAAACGGGCUAGAGCAAAACAGGAGUACGGGAAAACCGCUGGUAGGUUUGACGAGACAAGACGAACUGGCAACAGACAAACAGAGAACACAGGUAUAAAUACACAGGAUAAUGGGGAAGAUGGGUGACACCUGGAGGGGGGUGGAGACAAUCACAAAGACAGGUGAAACAGAUCAGGGUGUGACAGCAAUAGAGUAUUACUGCUAAAACAUGUAUAAAAUGCCAAAGGCAUGCCAUUCUUUUUAAAAAACUUUUCAUUUCAGAAGUUGCUGCCUCUCAAGCGUUCACUACUCUCACAUAUCUAUUAGGUGAAAUACCACAUUGUGCCACCACAGCAGCAAGAUUUGUGACCUGUUGCCACAAGAAAAGGGCAACCAGUGGCGCACAAACACCAUAGAGAGAGAGAUAUAUGAAGAGAGCCAGAGAGAGAUCUUUCCGAAAAGGUGCAGAGCUACGACGUCCCCACUUGCUAAGGGUUUACAGUAGCAUUGAGAGCAGAUGUCUAGCUUCGUUGUACCUCUGCGUACUGUACGUCAGAGAGCAUAGGUUCCCCCUCCCAUCAAAUCAGUUUAUGUACAAGCUAAACCCUAAUGGCAGUGUACCGCAGGCUUUCAUACUCAUAAAUAUUUCAGCCUGGACCCGCUCCAAUAUUAACUCAAACAAUCCUAAACUCCAAAACCAUCUUCUCCUCUUCUGCUAUUCCACAGAGACGUUGGUCUAGGUACCAUUAAUUUAAUUCAGUCACUCUGGUUCUUAUCACGGUUAGGAACAUAAUCAGUUGGAGAGGCCUAAAUGAGGAUGAGAUCCUGUGAUAGUGCCUGGCAGCCUUGGCCCUCUUAGAUUUAUAUUAGAAGGAUGGGAUGGGGAGGAAGCCACAGGGGGCUGAAGUAUUCUCUCCUGACUGAGAAUCUGCCAACCCAGAUACUGGUAAUUAACUAAGUGGAGGAGUUGGAGUGACUUCAUCUUAGCUCAUUAAGGGCCGUGGUGGGUAUUUCUGGGGAAGGAGUUGUGAUGUACUUCGAUAGGACCUUGACUUGAUUGACAGGGACUGAGAGGACAGGUGUGUGUGUGUGUGCCCGUGUGUGUGUGCCCGUGUGUGUGUGCCCGUGUGUGUGUGUCCGUGUGUGUGCCCGUGUGUGUGCCCGUGUGUGUGUGCGUGUGUGUGCGUGUGUGUGUGUGCGUGUGUGUGCUCGUCCAUCGGUGGGUGGGUGUGUGCGCCCGUCUGUGUGUGUGACAUUCAGAGCACUCUGUGAGGCCACUGUUUUUCAGAGAUCCAAAGCUGAGAUAAGAACAAAUGCUGUCAGAUAAAAGUCUACAGUAUGUGCCAGGUUUGUGCUGCCGAAGCAUAUUCUCUUCUACCCCCUGUUAUAAACAGCCUAAUGUCUACUCAGCACUACGGUUUGAAUAAAUACAACUCAUAUUGGCGUAAGAGAAGAUAAGCACUCUGUCUUCUUAUUAUGUGACUUUUCCAACCCAAACUUUUCUCCUUUGUGGCACUUAUGUGAGGUAAACAAUGAGAGCAAAUAACCAGAGCGGUGGAAAAAUACUGUGUAUAUGAAUUAACCUAGUGGCAUUACCUUUGCCUAUAUGUACAGUGGGGAGAACAAGUAUUUGAUACACUGCCGAUUUUGCAGGUUUUCCUACUUACAAAGCAUGUAGAGGUCUGACAUUUUUAGCAUAGGUACACUUCAACUGUGAGAGACGGAAUCUAAAAAAAAAAAAAUAAUCCAGAAAAUCACAUUGUAUGAUUUUUAAGUAAUUAAUUUGCAUUUUAUUGCAUGACAUAAGUAUUUGAUACAUCAGAAAAGCAGAACUUAAUAUUUGGUACAGAAACCUUUGUUUGCAAUUACAGAGAUCAUACGUUUCCUGUAGGUCUUGACCAGGUUUGCACUCACUGCAGCAAGGAUUUUGGCCCACUCCUCCAUACAGACCUUCUCCAGAUCCUUCAGGUUUCGGGGCUGUCGCUGGGCAAUACGGACUUUCAGCUCCCUCCAAAGAUUUUCUAUUGGGUUCAGGUCUGGAGACUGGCUAGGCCACUCCAGGACCUUGAGAUGCUUCUUACGGAGCCACUCCUUAGUUGCCCUGGCUGUGUGUUUCAGGUCGUUGUCAUGCUGGAAGACCCAGCCACGACCCAUCUUCAAUGCUCUUACUGAGGGAAGGAGGUUGUUGGCCAAGAUCUCGCGAUACAUGGCCCCAUCCAUCCUCCCCUCAAUACGGUGCAGUCGUCCUGUCCCCUUUGCAGAAAAGCAUCCCCAAAGAAUGAUGUUUCCACCUCCAUGCUUUACGGUUGGGAUGGUGUUCUUGGGGUUUUACUCAUCCUUCUUCUUCCUCCAAACACGGCGAGUGGAGUUUAGACCAAAAAGCUCUAUUUUUGUCUCAUCAGACCACAUGACCUUCUCCCAUUCCUCCUCUGGAUCAUCCAGAUGGUCAUUGGCAAACUUCAGACGGGCCUGGACAUGUGCUGGCUUGAGCAGGGGGACCUUGCGUGCGCUGCAGGAUUUUAAUCCAUGACGGCGUAGUGUGUUACUAAUGGUUUUCUUUGAGACUGUGGUCCCAGCUCUCUUCAGGUCAUUGACCAGGUCCUGCCGUGUAGUUCUGGGCUGAUCCCUCACCUUCCUCAUGAUCAUUGAUGCCCCACGAGGUGAAAUCUUGCAUGGAGCCCCAGACCGAGGGUGAUUGACCGUCAUCUUGAACUUCUUCUAUUUUCUAAUAAUUGCGCCAACAGUUGUUGCCUUCUCACCAAGCUGCUUGCCUAUUGUCCUGUAGCCCAUCCCAGCCUUGUGCAGGUCUACAAUUUUAUCCCUGAUGUCCUUACACAGCUCUCUGGUCUUGGCCAUUGUGGAGAGGUUGGAGUCUGUUUGAUUGAGUGUGUGGACAGGUGUCUUUUAUACAGGUAACGAGUUCAAACAGGUGCAGUUAAUACAGGUAAUGAGUGGAGAACAGGAGGGCUUCUUAAAGAAAAACUAACAGGUCUGUGAGAGCCGGAAUUCUUACUGGUUGGUAGGUGAUCAAAUACUUAUGUCAUGCAAUAAAAUGCAAAUGAAUUACUUAAAAAUCAUACAAUGUUUUAGAUUCCGUCUCUCACAGUUGAAGUGUACCUAUGAUAAAAAUAACAGACCUCUACAUGCUUUGUAAGUAGGAGAACCUGCAAAAUCGGCAGUGUAUCAAAUACUUGUUCUCCCCACUGUACAUAUCUACCUCAAUUACCAUGUAUCCCUGCACAUUGAUAUGGUUAUGGUACUCCUUGUAUAUACAGUGCAUUUGGAAAUUAUUCAGAUCCCUUGACUUUUUCCACAUUUUGUUACGUUACAGCCUUAUUCUAAAAUUGAUUAAAUUAAGGUUUUCCUCAUCAAUCUACACACAAUACCCCAUAAUGACAAAGUGAAAACAGGUUUUUAGAAAUGUUUGCAGAUUUAUAAAAAACAAAGAUACCUUAUUUACAUAAGUAUUCAGACCCUUUGCUAUGAGACUCGAAAUUGAGAUCAGGUGCGUCCUGUUUCCAUUGAUCAUCCUUCAGAUGUUUCUACAACUUGAUUGGAGUCCACCUGUGGUAAAUUCAAUUGAUUGGACAUGAUUUGAAAAGGCACACACCUGUCUAUAUAAGGUCCCACAGUUGACAAUGCAUGUCAGAGCAAAAACCAAGCCAUGAGGUCGAAGAAAUUGUCCGUAGAGCACCGAGACAGCAUUGUGUCGAGGCACAGAUCUGGGGAAGGUUACCAAAACAUUUCUGCAGCAUUGAAGGUCCCCAAGAACACAGUGGCCUCCAUCAUUCUUAAAUGGAAGAAGUUUGGAGCCAAGACUCUUCCUAGAGCUGGCCGCCUGACCAAACUGAGCAAUCGUAGGAGAAGGGCCUUGGUCAGGGAGGUGACCAAGAAACCGAUGUCACUCUGACAGAGCACCAGAGUUCCUCUGUGGAGAUGGGAGAAUCUUCCAGAAGGACAACCAUCUCUGCAGCACUCCACCAAUCAGGCCUUUAUGAUGGAAGCCACUCCUCAGUAAAAGGCAUAUGACAGCCCGCUUGGAGUUUGCCAAAAGGCAUCUAAAGACGCUCAGACCAUGAGAAACAAGAUUCUCUGGUCUGAUGAAUCCAAGAUUGAACUCUUUGGCCUGAACGCCAAGCGUCACGUCUGGAGGAAACCUGGCACCAUCCCUGUGGUGAUGCAUGGUGGUGGCAGCAUGGCGGUGGCAGCAUCAUGCUGUGGGGAUGUUUUUCAGCGGCAGGGACUGGGAGACUAGUCAGGAUCGAGGGAAAGAUGAACGGAGCAAAGUACAGAGAGAUCCUCGAUGGAAACCUGCUCCAGAGCGCUCAGGACCUCAGACUGGGGUGAAGGUUCAUCUUCUAACAGGACAACAACCCUAAGCACACAGCCAAGACAACGCAGGAGUGGCUUCGGGACAAGUCUCUGAAAGUCCUUGAGUGGCCCAGCCAGAGCCCGGACUUGAACCAAAUCGAACAUCUCUGGAGAGACCUGAAAAUAGCUGUGCAGUAACGCUCCCCAUCCAGCCUGACAGAGCUUGAGAGGAUCUGUAGAGAAGAAUGGGAGAAACUCCCCAAAUAAAGGUUUGCCAAGCUUGUAGCGUCGUGCCCAAGAAUACUUGAGGCUGUAAUCGCUGCCAAAGGUAAUAAUAAUAAUAUGCCAUUUAGCAGACGCUUUUAUCCAAAGCGACUUACAGUCAUGCGUGCAUACAUUUUUUUGUGUAUGGGUGGUCCCGGGGAUCGAACCCACUACCUUGGCGUUACAAGCGCCGUGCUCUACCAGCUGAGCUACAGAGGUCCACAAAGGUGCUUCAACAAAGUACUGAGUAAAGGGUCUGAAUACUUAUGUAAAUGUGAUAGUUCAGUUUUUAAAUUUUUUAUACAUUAGCAAACACAAUAAGGCUGUUACGUCACAAAAUGUGGAAAAAGUCAAGGGGUCUGAAUACUUUCCGAAUGCACUGUAGCUUUAUUCCUGUGUUUUAUGUGUUUUUAUAUUUUCUUUAUUAUUUAACUCUGCAUCAUUGGGGAAGAGCUUGUAAGUAAGCAUUUCACUGUAAGGUCUACUACACCUGUUGUAUUCGCCGCAUGUGACAAAUACAAUCUUAUUUUAUUUUAUGAGAACAAGAAAAUGCAUUCCAGCUUUGGUUACUUUGGAUGAGGGACUGUAUAUCUAUGAAUUAAUCUAUAUUCACCAGAGUUGUAGUUUCUGGCAAAUGUGGAAUGUACAUUCAUCCCUCCAUCCCAGUCUCUGUGUUCCAUGGAGGAGUUCCGUAACCUGGACCGGGACAUUGAGGGUUCGGCCAAGCGUUGGAAGAAGUUGGUGGAGUCGGAGUGUCCUGAGAAUGAGAAGUUUCCUCAGGAGUGGAAGAAUAAGAGUUCCCUACAGAGACUGUGUAUGAUGAGGGCCUUGAGGCCUGACCGAAUGACCUACGCUGUGAGGUGAGAGGUCAAAUACCUUACCCUCUGACCUACUGUAUGCUCUGAUGUUAGAGGAUAUACAGUACCACUCAGUGGUUCUGUUUUGUUUUUUUGGUGAGGAUAUCUUUUGAAUUUCCCUGUCCCACCAAUGAACACACAUACAGUGAGGGAAAAAAAGGAUUUGAUCCCCUGCUGAUUUUGUACGUUUGCCCACUACCAAAGAAAUGAUCAGUCUAUAAUUUUAAUGUUAGGUUUAUUUUAACAGUGAGAGACAGAAUACCAACCAAAAAAUCCAGAAAAACGCAUGUCAAAAAUGUUAUAAAUUGAUUUGCAUUUUAAUGAGGGAAAUAAGUAUUUGACCCCCUGUCAAUCAGAAAGAUUGCUGGCUCCCAGGUGUCUUUUAUACAGGUAACGAGCUGAGAUUAGGAGCACACUCUUAAAGGGAGUGCUCCUAAUCUCAGCUUGUUACCUGUAUAAAAGACACCUGUCCACAGAAGCAAUCAAUCAAUCAGAUUCCAAACUCUCCACCAUGGCCAAGACCAAAGAGCUCUCCAAGGAUGUCAGGGACAAGAUUGUAGACCUACACAAGGCUGGAAUGGGCUACAAGACCAUCGCCAAGCAGCUUGGUGAGAAGGUGACAACAGUUGGUGCGAUUAUUCGCAAAUGGAAGAAACACAAAAGAACUGUCAAUCUCCCUCGGCCUGGGGCUCCAUGCAAGAUCUCACCUCGUGGAGUUGCAAUGAUCAUGAGAACGGUGAGGAAUCAGCCCAGAACUACACGGGAGGAUCUUGUCAAUGAUCUCAAGGCAGCUGGGACCAUAGUCACCAAGAAAACAAUUGGUAACACACUACGCCGUGAAGGACUGAAAUCCUGCAGCGCCGCAAGGUCCCCCUGCUCAAGAAAGCACAUAUACAUGCCCGUCUGAAGUUUGCCACUGAACAUCUGAAUGACUCAGAGGAUAACUGGGUGAAAGUGUUGUGGUCAGAUGAAACCAAAAUUGAGCUCUUUGGCAUCAACUCAACUCGCCGUGUUUGGAGGAGGAGGAAUGCUGCCUAUGACCCCAAGAACACCAUCCCCACUGUCAAACAUGGAGGUGGAAACAUUAUGCUUUGGGGGUGUUUUUCUGCUAAGGGGACAGGACAACUUCACCGCAUCAAAGGGACGAUGGAUGGGGCCAUGUACCGUCAAAUCUCGGGUGAGAACCUCCUUCCCUCACCCAGGGCAUUGAAAAUGGGUCAUGGAUGGGUAUUCCAGCAUGACAAUCACCCAAAACACACGGCCAAGGCAACAAAGGAGUGGCUCAAGAAGAAGCACAUUAAGGUCCUGGAGUGGCCUAGCCAUCCCAUAGAAAAUCUGUGGAGGGAGCUGAAGGUUCGAGUUGCCAAACGUCAGCCUCGAAACCUUAAUGACUUGGAGAAGAUCUGCAAAGAGGAGUGGGACAAAAUCCCUCCUGAGAUGUGUGCAAACCUGGUGGCCAACUACAAGAAACGUCUGACCUCUGUGAUUGCCAACAAGGGUUUUGCCACCAAGUACUAAGUCAUGCUUUGCAGAGGGGUCAAAUACUUAUUUCCUUCAUUAAAAUGCAAAUCAAUUUAUAACAUUUUUGACAUGCAUUUUUCUGGAUUUUUUGGUUGUUAUUCUGUCUCUCACUGUUCAAAUAAACCUACCAUUAAAAUUAUAGACUGAUCAUGUCUUUGUCAGUGGGCAAACGUACAAAAUCAGCAGGGGAUCAAAUACUUUUUUCCCUCACUGUAAUAUAAUGUAAACAGCUAACAUUUUAACCCAGUGGCCAUUGACCACAGCUACAGUAUCUAAUAGUUAUAUCAUAGAAAAGUAAUACAUCUUAUGUCUGUAUGAGUGUAUUUUCAGCUUUUUAAACUAACCACCAUAAGCCAUGAGCAGUGCUCUGUAGUAAGAAGGUGUAUUAUGUACAGGUAACUACCAAAAUAAAGGAAACAUUUACUCAAGUGUUUCCUUUAUUUGGGCAGUUACAUGUAUGUAUUGAACAUAUAUCAUCAUGUCUCCCCACAGAGACUUUGUGGAGGAGAAGCUGGGGAGUCAGUAUGUGGUUGGCAGGUCGCUGGACUUUGCUGUGUCCUUUGAGGAGUCUGGUCCCGCCACGCCCAUGUUCUUCAUCCUCUCUCCUGGUGUAGACCCACUGAAGGAUGUGGAGAAACAUGGUAAUGGUGUCACCUACACUGUAAACACCAAUGUGCUGUCAUUACUCAAAACUUUUGAGGAAACUCGUUGCACUUAAUAUAUCUGAGUACAGUUAUUUAAAAUGUUUUCGUAGUCAUUACUCUGUUGUGACUUUGGGCUAAUUAAUAUUCAAGAUAAUUUACUGAUUAAUUACUGGAAUAAUUAAUUGAUCUGAUUUGGUUAUCCUAUCCAAAUUCAUCUGAGGGGAACUAUUAAAGGUUAGAUGUAGAGAGACCCUUGAAUGAACUAUAUCAGUAGUUAUCAUUAACCGUUAUAGUGUUAAUACUAUCAACAAUAUAAUCACUAGGGGUGUAACGAUUCGUUUUAACAACGAUUCGAUUUGUAUCACUAUUCGUGGUUGUCGAUACGAUUCAAGGACGAUAUUGGUUCAUUUAGAACGAUACGAUCCGAAACGAUUCAGUGACUUGAAAUCGAUUCAGUAACCUUUUAGCCAAAAAUUCAACCAGUGUGACUGAAAUAAAUACCUGGAUACUGGACAGUGCAGGUGAAGUUUCCUAGAUUCCUGUUUCAUGUAAGGACCGCAAUGGUGGCUUGAUAAUUUCUCGCUCGUCGGCUUCUCCUCUGUCGUCCGCCAUGCUAUGUUUUGUUGUCUUUGCGCCUUUGCGCUGCUGCUGGCGCGGGGCGAUGACGUCACGGAUAGGCAGACUGAAUCGAGUAAUGUUUAAAGCCUUUAUCAUUAAAAGUGCUAAGAAAAAACAUCCAUAUAAAGUCUGACGUGCUUAAAUCCAAUGGGUUAUUUCCUAGUAUCGAUACAAUCGAUUUAUUACAUUUUAAAACUAUGUUAGAUUGAUAUAUGUUGUCCAAAAGGCCAACUCGCCGAGCACAGAUCGAUGUAGUUGGAUCAUAGGAAUAUAAAUCGAUACAUCGAUGUAGUAGAUGGAUCGUUACACCCCUAAUAAUCACAGUAAAUUUGACUAUAUUCUCAUUCUGAGCAGUCAUCGAGCUCUGGAACCUCAAGAACACGAUCACUUGCAAAUUAACUUAAUGCCACAAAUCAUUCAUUCAAGGUUUUAUUUACACUAAAUAAGUUGGAAAAUUAGGUAGUUAACAAAAAACAAUAUAAAGGCAGGGUAUAAUGGGAUACAAUACAGUUAUUGAGGUGAGAGUCACAGGUCCAUAUAAAUGAAUUUACGUACUCAACUCACGCAAAUACAAUAGUUCAUUCAAAUCAAAUCAAAUUGUAUUAGUCACAUGCACCAAAUACAACAGGUACAACCUUACCGAGUGGCGCAGUGAUCUAAGGCACUGCAUCUCAGUGCUUGAGGUGUCACUUCAGACCCCCUGGUUCGAUUCCAGGCUGUAUCACAACCGGCCGUGAUUGGGAGUCCCAUAGGGCGGCGCACAAUUGGCCCAGCGUCGUCCAGGUUUGGCCGGUGUAGGCCGUUAUUGUAAAUAAGAAUUUGUUCUUAACUGACUUGCCUAGUUAAAUAAAGGUAAAAUAAAAAAUAAAAACUGUGAAAUGCUUACUUACAAUGAUGCAGUUUUAAGAAAAAUAUUUACUAAAUAAACUAAAGUAAAAAAUAAAAGAGCAACAAUAAAAUAACAAUAACGAGGCUAUAUACAGGGGGUACUGGUACUGAGUCAAUGUGUGGGGGUACAGGUAGGUCGAUGUAAUUGAGGUAAUGUAGGGAGGGGUAAAGUGACUAUGCAUAGAUAAUAAACAGUGGGGGGGGGGGGGUCUCAAUGCAAAUAGUCCAGGUAGCCAUUUGAUUAGCUGUUCAGCAGUCUUAUGGCUUGGGGUUAGAAGCUGUUAAGAAGCCUUUUGGACCUAGACUUGGCGCUCCGGUACCGCUUGCCGUGCGGUAGCAGAGAGAACAGUCUAUGGCUAGGGUGGCUGGAGUUUUUGGCAAUUUUUAGGGCCUUCCUCUGACACCGCCUGGUAUAGAGGUCCUGGAUGUCAGGAAGCUUAGGUCCAGUGGUGUACUGGGCCGUACCCACUACCCUCUGUAGCGCCUUGCGGUCGGAGGCCGAGCAGUUGCCAUAUCAGGUGGUGAUACAACCAGUCAGGAUGCUCUCGAUGGUGCAGCUGUUUAACUUUUUGAGGAUCUGAGGACCUAUGCCAAAUCUUUUCAGUCUCCUGAGGGGGAAUAGGCGUUGUCGUGCCCUCUUCAUGACUGUCUUGGUGUGUUUGGACCAUGAUAGUGUGUUGGUGAUGUGGACACAAAGGUACUUGAAGCUCUCGACCUGCUCCACCACAGCCCCAUCGAUGAGAAUGGGGGCGUGCUCGGCCCUCCUUUUCCUGUAGUCCACGAUAAUCUCCUUUGUCUUGAUGACGUUGAGGGAGAGGUUGUUGUCCUGGCACCACACUGCCAGGUCUCUGACCUCCUCCCUAUAGGCUGUCUCAUCGUUGUCUGUGAUUAGGCCUACCACCGUUGUGUCGUCGGCAAACUUAAUGAUGGUGUUGGAGUCAUGCUUGGUCACGCAGUCAUGGGCGAACAGGGAGUACAGAGGGGACUAAGCACGUACCCCUGAGCUCAGGGCCCCCUCACAGCCAAAUCAGCGAGAUACACUUCUCUCUCUUUCUCUAUCUCUCUCUCGUUCUCAGUUCUCAGUCCUCCCCAAAUUCUCAGAUUUUAUUAAAAAAUAUCCUAGUUGGACGAUUUCCAGGAAUCUUCCAACCGGGAUUUCUGGAAAACCUGGGAAAUUUACCAGAAUUUUGCAACCCUAUCUGCAAGUCACAUAAUGCUGGCUUGCAAAGUGAUGUGUAAUUCCUAUUGGAAUCCAGCAAGAGUUAAGAUAGCCAACAGUUGGAUUUUUUAUUCAUAAUGACUGCCAGGGUUAGGAGACUACGUAAGGCAUUUAAAGUGGAACAACCAUUUCAGUAACGGGUGCGAAAAAUCUAACUAAAUGAUUGGAUUAGUUUAGAAAAAUGUAUGUUAUUUAUCUUUUGUAGCAUAAGAUUAAUAAAUUAAUCACUCAAUGUUCAUGCAUAAACACAGAUAUUAAAAACAAUUCCCAAAAAUCUACCUGCAGUAGAGUUUUGGGUAAAAAGUUAAUUUGUUAUCACACCAGGACGUCUAGGGUCGGGUUUUCGAGACUAACAAUAUUGGAUCACACCAGAAAAGAUGUUGAAAUGUGAAGCUUUGAUUUGUACUGACCUGGUAUGGGAGAUAUCACAGGUUGACUCUUCAGGAGUGUUUGAUGACGAACAUUCCAAUACUUCACUAUUUGGUCUUAUGAAAGAUUCAAAUGCGACGCAAAUGCGACUGAAAGGGUUUUAUUGAACUAAGUGUGAACAAAAUUAUUGGGCUGCUGUGGCUGGAUUCUAGAUAACAUGUUUUGUUUUGUAAAUGUUUUCCUCCGUACCCUGGAAACACAGUAACCUGGUUUGAUGUUUGAUUGAAUAGUCUCCGUCUUUUUUAUGGUCUGGCGUGAAAUCAGCUAUCCUCUCAUCAUGUGAUAUGAGAUAAUUCUCCCACUGAAGCUUCCUGCAAAUAGGGGGAGCUUAGAUAAUUGGUCAGACACUCGUUCAAAUGCAUGUGCACACACAGAGUGGUGUGUAUAGUCGAUGUCCACACCCUUCUGUGUGUGCGUGUGUGCGCACGUGUGUGUGUGUGUGUGCACGCAUUUGCAUGCAUGUGUAUGACUAAUUAUCCAAGCCCCCCCUGUAUGCGUGACCAAUCACAUCAAAGCUAAAGCAGCUAACCAAUCAGAGAGGCCUGGUGUAGAGUGUGGAGAGAGGGCCAAUGGCAACACAGAUCACACAGAAUGAAGAACCCUGAAUCUAUACACUUUACUUUAGGAAAAUAGUGGGGGUCUUCGCUACAUUUCAGAUGGCCACUUUUUCUUAGCCUAUAGUGAAUGUACAAAACAUUAAGAACACCUUCCUAAUAUUAAAUUGCACCCCCUUUUGCCCUCAGAACAGACUCAAUUUGUCGGAGCAUGGACUCUACAAGGUGUCAAAAGCGUUCCACAUGGAUGCUGGCCCAUGUUGACUCAAAUGCUUCCCACAGUUGUCAAGUUGGCUGGAUGUACUUUGGGUGGUGGACCAUUCUUGAUACACAUGGGAAACUGUUGAGCGUGAAAAACCCAGCUGCGUUGCUGUUCUUGACACACUCAAACCGGUGCACCUGGCACCUACUACCAUACCCCGUUCAAAGGCACUUCAAUAUUUUGUCUUGCCCAUUCACCCUCUGAAUGGCACACACACAAUCCAUGUCUCAAUUUUCUCAAGGUUUAAAAAUUAUUCUUUAUCCUGUCUCCUCCCCUUCGUCUACACUGAUUGAAGUGGAUUUAACAAGUGACAUCAAUAAGGGAUCAAAGCUUUCACCUGGAUUCACCUUAUCAGUCUUUGUCAUGGAAAGAGCAGGUGUUCCUAAUGUUUUGUACACUCAGUGUAUAAAUGAAGCACACUUUAUAAAAAAGGGAUUACUACUGUAUUAUUAAACUGUUGAUCAUUUCAAUUUUGCCUAAAUUGUUAUGGAUUAUAUUAAUCAUUACUGUGUGAUCUUUCUUUCAGGCAGGAAGCUGGGCUAUACGUUUGACAGCGGUAACUUCCACAAUGUAUCUCUGGGCCAGGGACAGGAGGUGGUGGCUGAACAGGCUCUGGACCUGGCAGCUAAGGAGGGACACUGGGUUAUACUGCAGGUACUCAGACACACACGUUUACAUGCAGACACACACUCAGACGCACACAUACACAUGCACAGGCGCACGCACGCAUGCACGCACAUAGCCGACUGCCUAAACCAGCCGUUGCUAAGACAACACUGAGCUAAUAUACAGAUGGGAUUCCAGAACAGGCCAUGUCGUGAAAUGUCAUUUUACUUUUGUGUAUUUAAAAAAAAACGUAUUCUCUCCCAUGUUUAAGGUCAAAUUGUUUCUCCAAUCCAUUGUGCUUUGCACAUAGUGUUGGCUGUUUGCUCUCCUUUGUGGUUUAACUGCAUAUGAAAUAAUAUAAUUCCCUGGAUAGAGAGAGGCCCAGUAUUAUUCAGUACAGUAUCUGGUUCCUCAGUGUGUGUUCUCUUAUCUGGAGGGCAAGGCCAGUCAGCGUUUGCAUUUUAAGCCAGCUCGUUUGUUGAAUCCUAAUGUGGAGUAUUGACAGAUAUGAACACCGGCACAGAGGCAACUCUUGGGGGGAGAGAGAGAGUGUGUGUGUGGGGGGGGGGGGGGGGGUCUCCUUUAUUCACAGCGCUGGUAAAGCAGAGAAUGUCUUUGCUAUCCCUUUCUCUCUCUCUCUCUCUCUCUCCCAGUCAUCACAAGCAGCAUCUCUUUUUCUAUCCAUCUCUCCUUCUAGCUCUCGCUCUCAGCCACAAACAGACAUCAUCACAGAGACAAGCAGUGAUUGAGUUACUUUUGCAUAAGACUCCUGAUCGAUACAACUUAAAAAAGCCUUGUCCCCGUGGCAACCAACAUCACCGCCCACUCACUAUCAUCCUCUGUCUGUCUGUCUGGUCCACCCUCAUGAAAGGAGGAGAAAGAAUGGAGGGAGGUCUGUCUGUCUGUCUGUCUGGUCCACCCUCAUGGAAGGAGGAGAAAGAAUGGAGGGAGGUCUGUCUGUCUGUCUGGUCCACCCUCAUGGAGGGAGGUCUGUCUCCUUUCUAUUUCCAUCCCGCUUCUCGUCCUCUGCCACCGUCUCCCCCUCUUUUCACACCCUGCCUCACAUUUUCCAAAAUGUCUCCCCUUCUGCCUCACAUUCCUCUCCUCUUUCCAACCUCAGUCCCCUGCCACAGUCAUCCCAUCCCACUCUCGUAUCCAGGCCUUGAUCCCACAACAAACACACACACACCUCUUACCUCCCUCUCAUCUUCCACUGGUCCCUCCAUCCCAGCAUCAGAUCAGUAGCAGGCUGAAAAGCUGGGUCAAUGGCAGGUUCUCCUUCACUGCAGGUAAAUUACACUUGCCCCUGUUCUCCUCUCUCUCCUCUGUUUCUGACGGGAGCAUUAUCCCUAUACCACGGCACACUUGGCCCUGUCCUAUCCCCACUCCUCACAGCCCAACCAGGACCAGCCAAAGACACUCGGAGAGAUGCAGAAACCCACCUAGAGAGAGAGGGAGAGAAGAGAAAAGAAAAGGCAAUCAAUCUGGCAGAUUGGAGCUGAAUAGGCUAUAUCCCCCAGACCUAGGAAUAUAUUUGAGCUGAAGAGCCCAUAUCCCCAUCAGUGGGAUUCUAUUGAGUGGACCUAAAAUACCUGGGUCCUUGAGGCACUUACUCCUAAAGGCACAGGGACGCUCACAGCCUAGCAAAAUAGAUGGAAAAGAAAUAGGGUGAGACUGUUUAGAGAAAAAGUUACUUUCUCUCCCUCUUUUUAAUGUCACUUUUAACUUCACUCUGUAAAGAGCAUGAUAGCUUGGGUAUUUGGGUAGUGUUUUAAAGUUUAAUGUAGACCACUUUUUCUUCUGAUGUGACGAGAGUUGAAUUAAUCAGUCAUCACUGUAAGGAUCCUUUUGCCAUAGGCUACAUGACAUUUUAAAUCCUAAUUUCAUUCAGCCAUACUUCUUAUUAGUCUUUCAUUAUUCACAUAAUUGAUUCACAUUUUUGCUUUGGUGCCCUAGCAGCAGCCUAAGCAGAGAGCUCCUGUACAUUAUGUAAAUAUUUUUGUAGGUAAAAAAUGUUUUUGUUUUAAGAAGUAACAAUUAAUAUAGCUAAUUAAUAUAAUCAGAAUCCACUACAACGUUAAUACUGAAGCUGGCAAGUAAUUUGUUUGUUUGGCAAGAUAGCUAACGUUAUCUGGCUAGCUGUUUUGAUUCGAAUGCCAGCCAGUGUCCUGAGGUUGAGGAUGGAGAGAAGCCGAAAGCAAGAGGUGUACAGCGAUGAGGAUCGUAGGGAGGACAAAGUUAAAAUGCUGCUCUUUAAUUAUUAUUGAAAUAUGGUGUGCUUUCUGGCGCCACAUGACUGCCGUAGCAUCAUCCAAGUGGGUGCUUUAUUUUGGUAGUAGUGAAGGACUAGCUAGCUAGCUACCUACUACGGAGUCCAUGGACUGCAGUGGCUUAGCUCCAUCUUCAUCUGACUGAGUUCUACUACGGAAAAGCCAGAGACAGCGAGACACCUUGAGACCGCGCUUCCUGCCUGCCUACAGACUUUCUCUCCCCGCUUGAGCACCUCCCUCAGAUGACCACUCAAGCCAUUAACUUUCUAAUGACUGUCCAUCUCAUGAUGUUGUGAUGUUGUUUUUCUAAAUUACUUGCAUUGCUUUGAGAUUCUUUGAAAAGCACUAUAUAAGUUGAGUAUUUAUUAUUAUUAUUAUUAUUAUUAUUAUUAUUAUUAUUAUUAUUAUUAUGUUAUCUACAAAACUAUUCCGGUGCUGAAUAUAGUGUGGAUGUUUCUUCUGUAGAAUAGCUAUUUUCUCAAACUCUACAGUCUGUUUGGUUAUCCUUAAUGUCUAUUCUGUCAUUCUGCCUAAGUCUCUGCUGCAGUGACAUUGUUAUAAAGACAUAGUCCAAGGCCAGCUGUGGAGACGCCCUUAGGGCAGAGGGCCUUGAUGACUGAGUGUGUGAGCAGAGGAAGACAUGGAGAGACAGCCGGAUGGGCCGUGUUGUGUUGCCACAGGCCAUGUUAACUAUUGACAUCAUGUCAUAGCGAAAACAAAAAUUAGCUGUUGAUGGUGACAACAUAAUUAUAAGAACUGGAGGAUAGAGGUGCUUAACAGAGAACAAACAAAAUAUUUGUCCUCUUUCUCUCUCUCUUGCUCUCUCUCUCUCUCUGAGCCUGGGCAGUUUCAUUAAGGUGACAGGCUCUAAGGGAGGUAUAAGGGAGCUCUAAGGGAGCUCUAAGGGAGGUCUCAGUCUGUCUGUCUAGGCUGUUUAUUACACAUUGGUUAGUUAGAAGGCAACAGGAGAGCUUGUUCUUCAAGGCAAUGAAAAAGCACUUCAAUUUAGAGUUUUAAUUUGUGUCUCGUUCAAUAUGCUGUAGGUUUAUAGGCUCCUAACUUGAAUCUAUCGCAAUGUUACCCCCCCCAGCUUCGGGCUAUGUAUUCUUCUCACUAAACAUACAAGGGAAGUUCUUAUCUUUCUCUUUCUCUUUUCUUUUUUCAUUUUGUCAUCUAAAAUUUGCGGUGAUGUUGCUCCAGAGGAUCUGCUGUCAUUUGGAAAGAGGGUUAACUUGAACAAUCCGAGGGAUGAUUAAAUUUAGAGUGCUGUAGGAGAUGAGGAGAAGGCAAAGCGGCUUAUGAAUUAAUGACUGCAGUUAUUAGUGGUGUAAUUAGAUUUGGGUAACACGCGGGCGCGCAGCGCUCUGGGCGGUGAUGUGAUGUGAGGGGUUUGGCUAACUCCUCAUCACCACGAAGACCUCUCUCUCUCAGGGUUAGGAGUUAGGACACAUGGAAUGGACAAUUUAGCUCAAACAAGUUUAUGUAGUGCUAUCGCAAUGUUCCCUAUACAGGGUGGAAAUGUACAUUCUGAGGGGAAUAGAAAAAGCUAAAAAUACCUGCGUCAAAACGUGUUGUGUAGGUAAAUGUGACCUUGCUUGAGGCAUGCUGCUUGUAUUUAUCCAUAUUACUGUAAUGUCUGUCCCUAUAGAACAUUCAGCUGGUGGUGAGGUGGUUGGGUUCUCUAGAGAAGCAUCUGGAGCAGCAUGGAGAGAACAGUCACCAGGACUUCAGAGUCUUCAUCAUCAUCGUCAUUAUAGCACCAUCUCUCCUUCUGUCCCUGUAUAGAACAUUCACCUGGUGGCGAGGUGGUUGGGUUCUCUAGAGAAGCGUCUAGAACAGCAUGGAGAGAACAGUCACCAGGACUUCAGAGUCUUCAUCAGCGCUGAGCCUUCAGGGACCCCAGAGGGCCACAUCAUACCACAGGGCAUCCUGGAGAACUCCAUCAAGAUCACCAAUGAACCACCCACUGGCAUAAACGCCAACCUGCACAAGGCCCUGGACAACUUCAACCAGGUAACACACAAAUAGGCAUACAAUGUAUGUAUUCUCUGUCUCUCUCUCCCUCUCUUGAUUUUCAUUUGCCCGUAAGAAGCAGUCCAGACAUCGCAUGUUUGCGUGCCAGUUUCUCUGUGGUGUUGUCAUCAAGUUGCCUAUUUGGUGUGUAGUAGCAAGCAGCUAACAAAUGGAGAGUGCUACCUCUAUCAGUGAUCUUAGAGUAGACUCUAUCCUGUGGAGGACACAGUUGUCCACUAUAACAGAAACAUGGCUCUCAAUUGGGAAGAGGCAGAUUUGGAUGGGAUGUUAGGAUGUUUAUCGACAAGCCAUCUUUCUGUGAUCGGAAUACAGUAUGACAUAAUUAUGAGUGUGUGUGUGCCUUUAUGUGCUUGCGUGCAUGCAUUUGUGCUAGUUAGAAUUCCACCUCUACCUUAUCAGUGCACUUCUAUCUACAGUAAAACAGCUAUUAGCCAUCAAUUUAGCUUCUUAUCAACAAGUUAUCAAAGGAUCUCCAUCUGUAACCUACCAUAACCUCCUGGGGUUCUGCCUCCAUACCUAUAAUGCAAUGCUAAGCUUCCAUCCAACAUGCCAUUUUAAAGUGCUGAUGCUUAUCUCUCUGAUAAGUGCAUGUUUGUGCGAUAGCUAGCUAGCACACACACAUAUGCAUGCAUGCAUGCAUGCAUACACCCACACACACACAUACACGCGCGCUCUCAAGGAGGUCCCCUCAGGUACUGUAGAGAACAGGGAGGGACAAUAUUCCAGACCUACCCUGUGUACUGUACAGGGUGAAAGCUAAUCAAUGGUUUGUCUCUAUACAGCCAGAACCCUUAGUAACCCGCAGUAAGCCAGAGAGAUGACAGUGCCUUUCCUCCUUCCUGACCUUUUCAACCAGCAGAUACAAAUAGCUUUAGUGUCCAUUCUCAUCCCCUGGCUGUGUGUGUGACGGCCAGCAGAGGAGACGUUAAAGAAACAUGCCUCUGGAAUGAUAAGGUUAGGAUUUUUUUAAUGCAGUUACACAGUUAUCAGAGGGCUGGACGACAUGUCAUUAUAGAUGUAUUAUCAGGUCUUGGUGCAUGCUUCUUCUUUAGUGGUAGAGUAUUUAAUCAAGUGUGUGUGUCCUCUAACAGUGUAUGAUUAGGGAGGCUAUGCUUCACUCUCAGCUGUGAGCAGCCAGAGAGGCACUGUGUGCAGAAUAUUAACUCACUUUAAGUGUGUGUGUUUGUGGCAUGUGUGUGUGCUCGUUUGUGUGUGUGUGUGCGGGCGCGUGUGCAUACGUUCUAGGAGUCAGCUCCCUUGGGAUCAACAGGGAAAGCGAAAGGGCCUUCACUGCAGUACUCAACCUGACACACGCAGGAAUAUAAAAGAGAAUUUAGACCCACUGUUUCCAUAGAGGUUAUUGACAUACUUAUUUUAUCGUCCCUAAGGCCUCCGUGCCAUUUUACAUUCCCCUUAUCUGGGUAUAAUGAGCCAACGGGACAAUAUCGCCUGACAAGUAGUGACAAUUAAAAGAGAAUCUCAUCCUGCCGUUUAUUGCCAUUUAUUGUCUUCUUUCUGUACCGCGGAGCCGCACGUCGCUGGGGACUUUUGCACAGACACACAUCACAGAGAAUCAGCCACAGCUUCUUACUUUCAACACAACGCUUUUGUUUUUGAAAAUCUUCAAAAAUGCUACUGUACUUUUUUGAGGAAGACAGUGAAACUGUGAACUUGGUUGACAUUCAACAGGAAUAGUUUUGUUGUUUGUUUAGUUUUCUGGGCCUUUGUUUUCUUCUAGGAUACAUUGGAGAUGUGUGCCAGGGAGAAUGAGUUUAAGAGCAUCCUGUUUGCGCUGUGCUACUUCCACGCGGUGGUGGCUGAAAGGAGGAAGUUUGGACCUCAGGGCUGGAACAGAUCUUACCCCUUCAACACAGGAGACCUCACCAUCUCCAUCAAUGUGCUCUACAACUACCUGGAGGCUAACUCUAAGGUAACCAGUCCACACACAUGCUGCGUCUUAUAUUGGGCUCCCGAGUGGCGCAGUGGUCUAAGGCACUGCAUCUCAGUGCUUGAGGGGUCACUACAGGGUCCCUGGUUCGAUUCCAGACUGUAUCACAACCGGCCGUAAUUGGGAGUCCCAUAGGGCGGCGCACAAUUGGCCCAGCGGGGUUUGGCCGGUGUAGGCCGUCAUUGUAAAUAAGAAUUGGUUCUUAACUGACUUGCCUAGUUAAAUAAAGGUAAAAUAAAAAUAUGCCACAGUAGUAAUAAAGCCAACCAUGUUCCAUGACAAAAAUACACUUUUCACACUACUGUGCCGACCCUAACCAAAUUGUGUUGGCUUGGAUAUUUUCUUUGGCAACUAUGGUGGCUGCGUAAACCAGGCCAACUUAGUAGAACUUGGUUUGGCUCAGCUCGAUUCGGUCCAGUAGUGUGAAAAGCCUUCUUAAGAUUCUAAGGUGCAUUCUAACUUUCGCUCUGCGUCCCAGGUGCCAUAUGAUGACCUGCGCUACCUGUUUGGAGAGAUCAUGUAUGGAGGUCACAUCACUGAUGACUGGGACAGACGACUCUGUAGGACCUACCUGGAGGAGUUCAUCAAACCUGAGAUGAUGGAGGGAGAGCUGUACCUGGCUCCCGGCUUUCCCCUGCCUGGGAAUAUGGACUAUAACACCUACCACCAGGUCAGUAAAGAACCACACCUACCAUCAGGUUAGAAACAGAGCUCUACCUGGCCCCCGGCUUCCCCCUGCCUGGGAACAUGGACUACAAUAGCUACUAGGUCAGUAAAGGACAACAACUACCAUCAUGUUACCUAAUGAUCUUGUACUACCUCACAUGGCUUAAAGCUGCAAUAUGUCACUUGUUGUAUUUUUUCAAUGUUCAAAAGCUCCAAUAAGUUGGUAGUGGUCAUCCAAUGUGACGCAACAGUAACAAUAUUGCGUGUCUAGCCUGCCUGAGAACCGCUGUAUUAAUUGGUUUUCAUUUUCUCGGUCGAGUCGGAUUUUCCCUCCAGAUUUUGUAGUGCGCACAAGUGACGUGUUUUCCAUCAGUGAGGAGGCGGUCCCACAGCUCAGGGAUAUUCUAAUGGGUAGUGUUAUGAUAGCUAGCUAGCUGAGCCCAUGGCCAACACUUGGCUAGCGGAGCUUGCUAGCUUACAGACAUGGCAGACGCAAAAGUAAGUAAUGUCAAUUAUUAAAUAGCAACCUUGAGAAUGUGAAGAAAAUGUUGGUAACUUAUCUGCAACUUAUCUAUUACUAUAUUUUAUACUUGGUUGUUGUGUCAAUUGCUAAAGUAAAAAAUAUCAUCCAUCAUUUAUUAGAUAGCAACCUUGACAGUCUAAGAUCUAAGUGUGUUGUGUCAAUUCAAAUCUACUUGUUUUCCCAAAGUUUAGUGUGCUGAUAUUUCUCUCCAACUCUGGAAUCUGUUCUGCUUGCCUCUCUGUUGUGACAGCAGGAACUUUGCUUCACCACAGCCCUCUUAAAAAAAAAAACUGCCAAGAUUUAUAUCAGUAACACUCUCUUGCCAAAAUGUCCGCCGGCCCUCACAGCCUGUCCACAUUCCUCUCACCAGCUCCCCAGGGAGAGGUUGUAUUUAAUUAUCCCCAGCCUGGGUGUUGUGCUAGGCUGACAGAGACACCUGGCAUGGAGGUCUGGAGCGUUUUACACUUGGCCAGCAAGCAGAGAGAGAGGGAGCUGAGUGGCUGAGACUUGGCUGGAGCACAGGGGAGCGCCUGCAACUGGAAAGGCCUGGUGGUCCCUGGGGGUCUGUUGGGGCAUGUCCACUCCCUCAUCCAUCUGUACUACCCAAAUACUGUACAGGAGAGGAGGGCAGAAGGGGGGGGGGGGGGGGGGGGGGGGUAAAAACAGGAAAAUAGUGGAAAGAAAGAGGUGGAAAGAAAUUAAUCGAAGGAAGGCGUUAGGAGGUUGAAAUCUCAGAGUACGAUUAGUGGUGAGCCAUCGUCAUGAAAUGAACUUAUCACGGCAUCGAUCAUAUUAAGGAACUCUCUAAGGGCACCUUGUGGGCCAUAGAUGACAAUAAUGUUAAGCUUGAGUGGACAAGUGACAGUGACAGCAUGGAAUUCAAAUGAGGAUAUUGAUAUGUGUGAAUGGAGAAAAAUUAGAAAAUCUCUACUUAGGAGAAAUAAGUAGCCCUUUAACACCACCACGACGACCAGAUUUUCUAGGACUAUAAAAUGUAUCAUUCUUUCAUUUGCUUUAAUAGAGCUUGGCAAAGUAUAUACUGUAUCUGGCAUCCACCAUAUUCUCUUCACCUUUUUUUUUUCAGAUCAGUGCAGAUGAAGGAUGGGAAGCCACUGUACAAUAUUGAAAUGCACACUCCCACUAAUUUGGUGUUCUAACGUGUAAUUCCCUCCUCCUCCAGUACAUAGAUGACACGCUUCCUGCAGAGUCUCCCUACCUGUACGGCCUCCACCCCAAUGCUGAGAUAGGCUUCCUGACGCAGACGUCUGAGAAAUUGUUCCGGACCGUGCUGGAGAUGCAGCCCAGAGACGGAGGGGCCGGGGAGGGCAGUGGGACCACUAGAGAUGAGAAGGUAGGGAUGGACUAACUGUAUUGAGGAGGAGCAAUGCGACAGUCACAUAUGUAAAACCAGUUUCCUGGACACAGGUUAACAGCCUACACCCAUUGAGAUUCUCCACUGAGCAUGGUUUUGUAGUCCAGGCUUCUUCUGUGGUCCAGAAACAGGCCCAUAGAGUGUAGAGAAAGUUGGGCCAGUGUUAGAGCGAUUGCUGCCUCUGAGAUUUUAAGUUCUGUGGACUGAUUCAUAUAAGUGUCAAACUGAAUGUAAGGUAAGGACAAGGUGGUCUCUGGUCCGAGGCUCCAUCAGGUCAUAGCUUUGUAACAUCCAUCUGGCACUGACAGGAGAGACAUAAUACACCACACAUCACCUCUACCCCCUGACUACCUAUAUGGGUUACCUUAACUACACUUUCCCUAUGUCUGGACAACCUUAUUCCCUGGUUCCCAAUCCCCAAUCCCCAUAUGCCUUACCUUAAAUACACUUUCAUGUGUUACCUCAAAAAAACUAGUCCAAUGUCUGAAACAAAGCACUCAGAAAAGUGUUAUACAUUCCAAUACAUUAUGACCUCACCAAUACAUUAAUGACCUCACCUUUCUAAUAUACAAGCUAGCUUCCUGUUUAAUGGGCGUUAGAUAGAUGUAGAGCAGUGUUAUCACUUCUCCUUGUGUUGUGAGUGAGAGAAAAGGAGGCCCCUUGUAUCUCUACACUAUCUGAUGCUUUAGGGCUGUCUGACUUUUAAUGAUAUAGAAGUGUGUGUGUGCACAUACAUGUGUGUGCGUGUGUGGGCCUGGGUGUAUUAUGACGGCUGACCUUUACAACUGAGAAACAGAGAUAGUUGUGUCUUAACAGAUGACAACCAUCGCCCCAACGCUAGCGGACGAUGCCCGUUUGAAUGCUUCCUGUUUGGUAUGCAGGCUGCCACGGAGCUGAAGAAGACCGAUUCGAUAUUUCAGCGGAGAAUCCAUAGUUAUAAUGACCUCCAAUCCUUUGUUCAAUGUUUAAUCCGUUGAUUGAUCUCUAUUGCUGGAAAAUGUGGACGUAGACAUAAGCUUUCAUCACUUACCCAAUGGAAAUAUGAGACGAGGAUUGAUUCCUCGGGAAUAUGACUGUUAUUAAAGACAAACGGCUGCUGUUGCUGCAAGUAAUGCUCAUGAAUAUUUAUGAUUUUUUUUCUUUCAUCAUUUUCUUCUCAAGGAGUCAUUAGUGCUUGGAAUUCUUCUCAUGUUUACUCGAUGAUGUAAUCUUUUUUUGAUUCCCUACUUUUCAGUAACAAAAUGUGACACAAUCACUGAGAAAUUCUUGACAAUGAACACAAUCUAUUGUUCUGUCAUUCAUACCAUCUUCAUAUUACUGCAUCCCCAAAUUCAAGCCUAAUAUUUACCCCCUCUUUUAUCCCUGUCCCUUCACACACACCACACACGCACACACACAAACACACACAUACCCUUACCCCAGGUGCGGUCUGUGUUGGAGGAGAUCAUGGAGAAGUUACCAGAGGAGUUUAACAUGGUAGAGCUGCUGGGGAAAGCUGAGGAGAGGACACCCUACCAGGUGGUGGCGCUGCAGGAGUGUGAGAGGAUGAACACACUCACCCAGGAGAUAAGGCGAUCCUUACGCGAACUCAACCUCGGACUCAAGGUGAGUCAAUCAAUCAAUCAAUCAUUCUAUCAAGGUCAGCCAAUCACAACCAGUCUUAUUUGUCUACUUCUUCUCCCCCACAGUGACUUUGAGUUAACUUUGCUUUGUAGUUCAGAUAAUUACUUGUUUUGGAGUAAACAAUUCCAGUGUCCACGGGUGGUGGGUGGCAGGGCACUGGCAACCCAUAGACUACUUCCAAGGAAAAUAAACAAUGGCGUCUACUUCCCCUUUCAAGGUUGAACAAUUAUUUUUUAUCAUUGGGGUAAUGAGUCACGCUCUGUUGGUUGAGUCUCCCGAGUGGCGCAGUGGUCAGCACUGCCACUAGAGAUCCUGGUUCGUGUCCCCCCCCCCCCCCCCCCCCGGCCGCGACCGGGAGACCCAUGGGGCGGUGCACAAUUGGCCCAGUGUCGUCCAGGGUAGGGGAGGGAAUGGCCAGCAGGGAUGUAGCUCAGUUGGUAGAGCAUGGCGUUUGCAAUGCCAGGGUUGUGGGUUCGAUUCCCAUGGGUGGCCAGUAUGAAAAAUAAAAUAAUGUAUGCACUAACUGUAAGUCGCUCUGGAUAAGAGCGUCUGCUAAAUGACUAAAAUGUCAAUGUUGAGCCUGUAUCCAGUAGCUGUAGCAUUCUGGUCUGCUCUGUUAGUAUUCCUGCAUAACUUUGUGUCACCAGUAUUCCUCUGAAGUAGUGGUGAGUCAGCCCUCUGGCCCCUAGUCCCCACAAGGCCAAAUUAUAUUUAUAGGGGGUUUAGGGUUAAGGUUAGAAUUAGUGUAAGGGUUAGAAUUACGUUAGGGUUAGGAGCUAGGGUUAAGGUUAGGUUUUUGGGUUAGGGUUAGGGUAAGAGUACAGGUUAGGUUUAGGGUUGAAUUGGACUGAAUUGUGUGUCCCCACAAGCUUAGCUGUACAAGACUGUGUGUGUGUGUGUGUGUGUGUGUGUGUGUGUGUGUGUGUGUGGUUGCGCAUGCAUGCGUUCCGUCUUAAGUGUGAGUCAUAGUGAGGAUUAAAGAAACAAUGACCUUAAACACUGGAGAGAAUGUUUUUUUGAUUUUUUAUACAUAAAAGUAAAAUGACAUUUCACACAUGGCUUGUUCUGGAAUCCCAUCUGUAUAUUAGCUCAGUGUUGUCUUAGCAACGGCUGGUUUAGGGUUAAGGCAGGUGGCUAUGUGCAUGUGUGUGAGUGCCUUUUCUAAGGAGUUAUGAGCUUCGAUCGCUCUACACAUUGCCUCUGGUAAAUCGCAUCAGUGAGUUAAAAGCCAUGUACUCUAUUGUACCAGUCAAAUGUACUCAUAUUUCGACUUUACUGUGGAAAUAAAUUGGAACUAUCAGAAUCUCAACCUUGGCGGGAAGCAUUUGGGGGUGGGAGGGGGUGUCUUGACUUGUUGAGGGAUCUGAGUGAUUUGGGGGAGAGUUAAAAGGGUGACUGGUUCAGGGUUAACGCUCUGCAGUAGAUGAGAUGCAUCUGUGAACAUUUUAUCACCUCAGUAAAAGAUGGUUAUGACGGCGAGACAUAAAUACAUUCAUCAGCUAGCUACGUUAUCAUUCGGUGAAGGACACACUGUUUGGCAUAGCCAUUUAACUUGUUAGCCUCCUUCCAUAUAAUUAUUCUGUUUUCUCUUUGGAUAGAAAGUGAAGAAAGUGAGUGACUCUGCUUUUGUUUAUGUAUGCUUCAGCAGCUACGGGGUGAUGUUGCUAGUGGUUACAGGGUGGUAUUGCUCAAUGACACAUAGGAAUUCAGUUUUAGUGUGAAUAAGACAUCUCCAAUAACUGUGAGAUUUCUCCUCAGUGUUCUUGCAGAAAUCCACAGGAAAAAUGACAUUAUUAAUUAAAAAGUUAUUUGAAUAAAAAAUGUGCCUUACUAAUAAAACAUUUUAACACAAACGUAUUCAAACUGUGCUAUAAUUGACUGCCAAUAAACGUUUUCUGAAUCUCAUUCCCAUCCCUUUUUCUCAUUGGUUCCUCCCUCUCAGGGAGAGCUGACUAUGACCAGUGACAUGGAGAGUCUCCAGACGGCCAUCUUCCUGGACCUGGUCCCAGAGUCGUGGACCAGACGGGCCUACCCGUCUAUGUGUGGCCUGGCCCUGUGGUUCACUGACCUGCUGGGGAGGAUCAAGGAGCUGGAGGCCUGGAGCGCUGACUUCAUCCUGCCCUCAGCCGUUUGGCUGGCCGGCUUCUUCAACCCUCAGUCCUUUCUCACAGCCAUCAUGCAGGCUAUGGCUCGCAGGUAGGUUGGCAUGAUAAUCGAUAAUACAGAAAUAUGGCCUGAAUAAGUGGGUUCAAUGAUACUUGUGCUAACGCAGGCUCGGCACGAUCACAAAUAUUAUCAGAUAAUGGAAACAAAAUUGUUGUUAAUUUGCUUUAAAAUAAUGUGAAAAUAACCGUUUUUCUCAUUUCAAAAAUGUGUUUUCUGUGAAAAUAGAAUUCACCUUGUACCUAGAAUUCCCACUGUCAAUUAUUGCGAUAAAAGCUGUUAUCACGAUACUACUUAUCACCAAGUGAUUGUGAUACAACAUUCCAUGAUGUUCCCAUGAUCCCUCCUGUCAGGAAUGAGUGGCCUCUGGACAGGAUGUGUCUGCAGUGUGACGUCACCAAGAAGAACAGAGAGGACUUCAGCACUCCUCCCAGGGAGGGGGCCUACGUACACGGACUGUACAUGGAGGGAGCUCGCUGGGACACUCAGGUACAGAGAGGGGUUAUAUAGCUAACAUAUAGAUGACACAAAGGUGACAUGGCUAGUGAGAGUUGUGUGUAUAUAGGUUUCCCCCCUACAUUGCACGUGUGAAGAGACGUACAGUUCAUACAUGGUUACAGAUGGUAGGGUAAAAUAGUUAUUUGUUUAAUUAAAGUUAAUCCCAAGGUUACUUGAGUUACUAUUACAGUAUGGAUUACUGUGUGCGUGCGUGUGCGUGAGUGCGCCAGUCAGGCUUUCUUUUUAUUAUAUGUAUGUAUCCAGCUCUCCUGCAGGGUCCCAGUAGACCUGUUAAUUAGUGAAUGUGCAGAGUAGGCACUGGCACACUUGAAUCAUCCUAAUGGGCGGCACUGCUGUGUUCUCUCUUUAUUAAAAGCUGGAGACAGACAGGGAGGGGUAUAGGCAGACAGUCAGAUGGAGAGACGAGCAGCGAGGGAGACAGGCAGAAAAGCAUGAAAAAGUGUCCUCUACUCUUCUGUCCUCUCCCAUCCUCUCUUCCCCGCUCCGCUACCCUACUCUCUCCUCUACUCUCUUCAUAACUUCUGUCUUGCACUCAUAUUGGCUCCUCUCCUCUCCUCCUCUCAGCCCUGGGCCAGCACUGUGCCAGUGUAGUGUCAGGGUGUAACGGAGUGUGAACAGGAGUGUGAGCAGCAUCCCUCCAUCUGGAGCUCGGCCCUGCCGCUGCAGCUGUACAAGUCAAAGAUUUAUGAUAAACCAGCUCAUCUAUAUGAAUGAGCCAAGCUACUUAUUCAGGGGAUGCGGACAUCAAAGAUGGGGGAAUACACAGUAGCACUCUAUGUGUAUAUAAUAAAUAUCUAGAGAUGAUAGUGGGGUAUGGGAAGGGUGUGUGUAUGUUUAUGCUGUGUGUUCAGUACUGUAUUACAGGAUUUUGUAAUAAUACAAUUGGUAUGUAAAGAAAAGAGAAACAAAAUUAGGUGGGCCUACACCCCCAUCCCAUUCCCCCACCACUCGGAAACCAUGUUUUCCACUCCUUCCCACCCAGCCUAGCAACACAGGUUGGUUAUCAGUCCCCACCACUUAUCCCCUAAGCCCACCCUCACCCGCCCCCCAACACUUAUCCCCUAAGCCCCCACCACUUAUCCCCUAAACCCCCACUCGCCCCCCACCACUUAUCCCCUAAGCCCCCCCCCCCCCCCCCCCCCCCACCACUUACAUUUUACAUUUUUAGUCAUUUAGCAGACGCUCUUAUCCAGAGCGACUUACAGUUAGUGAGUGCAUACACCCGCCCCCAACCACUUAUCCCCUAAGCCCCCCUACCUGCCCCCCACCACUUAUCCCCUAAGCCCUCCUACCCGCCCCCCACCACUUAUCCCCUAAGCCCCCCUACCCGCCCCCCACCACUUAUCCCCUAAGCCCCCUUACCCGCCCCCCACCACUUAUCCCCUAAGCCCCCCUACCCGCCCCCCACCACUUAUCCCCUAAGCCCCCCUACCCGUCCCACCACUUAUCCCCUAAGCCCCCCUACCCGCCCCCCACCACUUAUCCCCUAAGCCCCCCUACCCGCCCCACCACUUAUCCCCCAACCCCACCACUUAUCCCCUAAGCCCCCCCCCCCACUACCACUUAGCCCCUAAUCCCCCACACCCCUAAACAUCCAAGGUUGUUUAUCAACCAAGGAUGCUUAACCCUCCCAUACCAACCCUAAAAGCAAAGAAAGUAAAAAAUAUGAAAAUAGGAGUGUUGUGUUCGAGACCACCUAAAGCGAGAACGAUUCAAGACCCGGAGCAAAUCAAGUCCGAGUCAAGAUCAAGACCGGAAGGGGGUCCGAGACCGAGUCAACACAGGUUGGUUGUCAGUCCCCACCACUUAUCCCCUAAGCCCACCCUCACCCGCCCCCCAACACUUAUCCCCUAAGCCCCCACCACUUAUCCCCUAAACCCCCACUCGCCCCCCACCACUUAUCCCCUAAGCCCCCCCACCACUUACAUUUUACAUUUUAGUCAUUUAGCAGACACUCUUAUCCAGAGCGACUUACAGUUAGUGAGUGCAUACACCCGCCCCCCCACCACUUAUCCCCUAAGCCCCCCUACCCGCCCCCCACCACUUAUCCCCUAAGCCCCCCUACCCGCCCCCCACCACUUAUCCCCUAAGCCCCCCUACCCGCCCCCCACCACUUAUCCCCUAAGCCCCCUACCCGCCCCCCACCACUUAUCCCCUAAGCCCCCCUACCCGCCCCACCACUUAUCCCCUAAGCCCCCCUACCCGUCCCACCACUUAUCCCCUAAGCCCCCCUACCCGUCCCACCACCACUUAUCCCCUAAGCCCCCCUACCCGCCCCCCACCACUUAUCCCCUAAGCCCCCCUACCCGCCCCCCACCACUUAUCCCCUAAGCCCCCCUACCCGCCCCCCACCACUUAUCCCCUAAGCCCCCCUACCCGUCCCACCACUUAUCUCCUAAGCCCCCCUACCCGCCCCCCACCACUUAUCCCCUAAGCCCCCAUCCCCCAACCCCACCACUUACUUAUUUAUUUGCUGGUCUCUGGGUAGAUAAAUCUAGCUAGCUAAGUCAGCCAUUCAUUAGGCCAUCAGAAGCUAGAUAAAGGCAUCUGCCUAACUAUAUUAAGGCAACCAAUCACAUUUUGACUUAAUGGGUGGGACCAUUUUUACAAAAACGUAUGGAAACUUUUGCCUUGUUGAAAGCUAACAGGUCACUCCAAAAUAGCCAAUCAGAGCUACAGUAGGCCUUUAUACAAACAAGCCACACGGGCCUGCCAUCAUUCACUUUGAACUGGACUGAGUGUUUACAUAAUUAUGAGUUUUUUACUCCGCUGGUCUCGGGAAGAAAUUAUGAGUCCUCACUGUAUUUUGCUUGUAUGUACACUACACUACAAAGUAUGUGGACACACCUUCAAAUUAGUGUAUUCGUCUAUUUCAGCCACACCCUUUGCUGACCAGUGUAUAAAAUUGAGCACACAGCCAUGCAAUCUCCAUAGACAAACAUUGGCAGUAUAAUGGCCUGUACUGAAGAGCUCAGUGACUUUCAACGUGGCACCGUCAUAGGAUGCCACCUUUCCAAGUCAGUUUGUAAACGUUUUGCCCUGCUAGAGCUGCCCUGGUCAACUGUAAGUGCUGUUAUUGUGAAGUGUAAAUGUCUAGGAGCAACAACAGCUCAGCCGCUAAGUGGUAGGCCACACAAGCUCACAGAAUGGGACCGCCGAGUGCUGAAGCGCAUAGCGUGUAAAAAUAAUCUGUCCUCGGUUGCAACAAGCCUAAGAUCACCAUGCGCAAUGCCAAGCGUCUGGGCUGUUUUUCAUGGUUCGGGCUAGGCCCCUUAGUUCCAGUGUAGGGAAAUCUUAACCCUACAGCAUACAAUGACAUUCUAGAUGAUUCUGUGCUUCCAACUUUGUGGCAACAGUUUGGGGAAGGCCCUUUCCUGUUUCAGCAUGACAAUGCCCCGUGCACAAAGCUAGGUCCAUACAUAAAUGGUUUGUCAGGAUCGGUGUGGAAGAACUUGACUGGCCUGCACAUAGCCCUGACCUCAACCCCAUCGAACACCUUUGGGAUGAAUUGGAACGCCGACAGCGAGCCAGGCCUAAUCGCCCAACAUCAGUGCCCGACCUCACUAAUGCUCUAGUGGCUGAAUGGAAGCAAGUCCCCACAGCAAUGUUCCAACAUCUAGUGGAAAGCUGUUAUAGCAGCAAAGGGGGGACCAACUCCAUAUUAAUGCCCAUGAUUUUUGGAAUGAGAUGUACGACAAGCAGGUGCCCACAUACUUUUGGCCAUGUAGUUUAUGUGUUGGGCUUUAUAGAUUGUUUAUAUGUAUGUGUUGGGCUUUAGCUGAGAUUACUAUUUACAGAGUCAUCUCCUCAUUUGAAUUCCAUGCUGUCACUGUCACUUGUCCACUCAAGCUUAACAUUGUCAUCUAUUGCCCACCAGGUGCCCUUAGAGAGUUCCUCAAUGAGAUUGACACCUUAAUAAGGUCAUUUCCUGACAGUGGCUCAUCGCUCUUCAUACUUGGAUUAAUUUCUUUCCAACUCUUUCUUUCCCCUCCUUGUCUCUUUUGACCUCACCCUUUCCCAGUCUCCUUCCACUCACAAGGCAGGCAAUAUGCUUGACCUCAUCUUUACUAAAGGCUGCUCGCCUACUAAUCUCACUGCAUCCUAUCACUUCUUCGUCUCUACCUUCUCUUCCUCUGUAUCCGCUGCUAAAGCCACUUUCUAUCACUCUAAAUUUCAAGCUUCUGCCUUUAACCCUAGGAAACUAUUUUCCACCUUCUCCUCCCUCCUUAAUCCUCGACCCCCUCCCUCCUCCCUUUCUGCGGACGACUUUGUCAACCACUUUGAAAAGAAGGUUGACGACAUCCGCUCCAGAUUUCACUCAGCCUAUUGAGUCCACUGGUCCCACUCACACAGAACUACCCUACGCCUUGACCUCUUUCUCGCCUCUCUCUUCAGAUGAAAUCCUGUGACUAGUGAGGUCCGGCUGCCCGACACCUGCCCGCUCGACCCCAUCCCCUCCUCCCUUCUCCAGACCAUCUAUGGAGACCUUCUCACUUCCCUCAUCAACUCAUCCCUGACCACUGGCUGCGUCCCCUCUGACUUCAAAAUGUCCAGAGUUGCUCCCCUUCUCAAGAAACCAACACUUGACCCCACUGACGUCAAAAACGACAGACCGGUAUCCCUUCAAUCUUUUAUUUCAAAAACACUUGAGUGUGCUGUCCCUACCAACUCUCUCACUAUCUCUCUCAGAUCGAUCUUCGUGACACUAACCAGUCAGGCUUCAAGACAGGUCACUCAACCGAGACUGUUCUUCUCUGUGUCACGGAGGCUCUCCGCACUGCCAAAGCUGACUCUCUCUCCUCUGUUCUCAUCCUCGUAAAUCUAUCUGCUGCUUUCGACACAGUGAACCAUCAGAUCCUCCUCUCCACCCUCUCAUGGCUGGGCGUCUCAGGCUCUGCACACUCUUGGAUUGCAUCCUACCUGGCAGGCUGCUCCUACCAGUGGCGUGGAGAGGAUCUGUGUCUCCACCACAUACUCUUACUACUGGUUUCCCCCAGGGCUCAGUUCUAGGCCCUCUCCUCUUGGCUCCGGCAUAUCCUCACAUGGUCUUUCCUAUCAUUGCUAUGCAGAUGACACUCAACUACUUUUCUCCUUCCCCCCCUUCUGACACCCAGGUGGCGAUACACAUCUCUGCGUCCCGGGCAGAUAGCUCAGCUUGGAUGUCGGCCCACCACCUCAAGCUCAACCUCAACAAGACGGAGCUGCUCUUCCUCCCGGGGAAGCCCUGCCCACUCAAAGGCCUCUCCAUCACGGUUGACAACGCCACGGUUUCCCUAUCCCAGAGUGCAAAGAACCUUGGCGUGACCCUGGACAACACCCUGUCAUUCUCUUCAAACAUCAUAGCAGUGACUCACCUCUGCAGGUUCAUGCUCUACAACAUCCGUAGAGUACAACCCUACCUCACACAGGAAGCGGCGCAGGUCCUAAUCCAGGCACUUGUCAUCUCCCAUCUGGACUACUGCAACUCGCUGUUGGCUGGGCUCCCCGCUUGUGCCAUUAAACCCCUGCAUCUUAUCCAUAAUGCUGCAGCCCGCCUGGUGUUCAACCUUCCCAAGUUCUCCCAUUUUCACCCCGCUCCUCCGCACACUCCACUGGCUUCCAGUCGAAGCUCGCAUCCACUACAAUACCAUGGUACUUGCCUGUGGAGUAGCAAGAGGAACUGCCCCUCCCUACCUUCAGGCUAUGCUCAAACCCUACACCCCAACCCGAGCACUCUAUUCUGGCACCUCUGGUCUCUUGGCCCGCCCAUCCCUACAGGAGGGCAGCUCCCGUUCUGCUCAGUCCAAGCUCUUCUCUGUCCUGGCACCACAAUGGUGGAACCAGCUUCCCCCUGAAUCUAGGACAGCAGAGUCCCUGCCCAUCUUCUGGAAACAUCUGAAACCCUACUUCUUCAAAGAGUAUGUUAAAUAAUCCCACAGCACCCCCUCCUCACGCCUCCAAACUUUUGUGACUCCAUAUUAAUGCCCAUGAUUUUGGAAUAAGAUGUUCGGCGAGCAGGUGUCCACAUACUUUUGGUCAUGUAGUGUAUCUUAAGAUGAAUGCACCAACUGGAAGUCGCUCUGGAUAAGCUCGUCUGCUAAUUGACUAAAAUGUCAAAUGUAAGUAUAUUUGUCCAGGCCUCAAUUGUUCCUUGACUAGCACCAUUCAUUCUCGCUGUCGAUAAUUAUAAUGUUAUAACAUCUAAUAGAACAUGUAUCCACUGGCAAAUUGGGAGUGAGUGGGGUGAUUGCCAUCUAAGAGCCAACAUCUUUUUUGCGGCAGUGCUUGUCUGCCAGUGGUAAUCGUCUCUGAGAGAUUCAAGGAGCUAUCAUUGUUAAGUAACAUAGGAUAACAUUGAAUAUUUACAUUCAUGCACUUCGAAAUUAAUUUAGUAACUUUGUCCCAAAAGCAUUUAAUUGCAGGGCACUCCCACAUCAUAUGAAGGAAUGUGCCUACCUGAUUUAGGGGACACAGUGAACAGUUAGGUGUUGGGGACAAUGAUAUCGUAAAACUUUUCCUUGGUGUUAAAUACAGUCUGUGAACAUACUUAUAAUGUACAGGUUGAUGAACGGGUUACGGAAUGCCAUGGUCAUAUUUUUCCAUAUUCUGUUCCAGUUAAAGGGUUGUUCAGAUUCACUUAGAUCUGUGGAAGUACUGUAGCUUAUUAAUAAGAUACACUAUAGCCAGUUCUAGCCUUGCGACAAAUAAAUGUUUAUUCUCUCCUAAUGGUGACGGUUGCUGUUAUCUUUUUAUAUUUAUAUCAACCCCAUACAACUUCAAGAAGAUAAAACUGAUCAUUUGUCAUGAAUUUCAAUGAGAUGGGACGGCGUCUUUUACGACCCUCAUUAUUCCUAUUUACCUAAAUACACAUAAAGCUAUCAGUGUUUAAAAGAACACUAAAGUUUUACAGCCAACUGCCGACGCAAUUAGGGCUGUAAUUCAGACGGACGUCAUAAAGUGGCUUUGUCUCUUCGUCCUCCGAGCGUCUCCUCCAAAGUCAUCAGGAUUUACAUUUGUUUCCUGGAGUCAGCUAGCGUCGUGGUGGAACUUCUGUCUCCCGGACACUAAGUGGAGAGAGGAUUAAUUAGUGAGACGGACCACUCUGUUUCCUGUUUGAGCGUGUUUGGAAAGUCAGCUCUGAAAGGCAGGAGAGGACAGGAUGACUUCAGACUCACAGUGACUUUCACACACUGUUCAAGGGUACCCCAAAUAUUGAGCCCCUAAAGUGUACUUCUGCCAACUCAGUCAGAUUAAUUAAAUUACAUUUGCUGUAGUGUUUAAGAAGGAUUUAAUUCAGUUCAACCAAAUACAACCUUCAGGAAAUAAAAUUGCUUUAUUUAGAUGGUAAUAAUAAAUUUUCACAAUAUUCCUAUUGUUUGUCCUAAGGGCACCUACACUGAAGAAAAGUGUACAUUUGAGACACUUUUUUCUCAAAAACCAUGUCAUUGUCCUUCAUGUCCUCUCCCUCUCUCAUCAGGCUGGUAUGAUGGUGGAUGCCCGUCUGAAGGAACUGACCCCCACCAUGCCCGUCAUCUUCAUCAGAGCCAUCCCUGUUGACAAGCAGGAGGUGCGUAACGUCUACCAGUGUCCCGUCUACAAGACCCAACAGAGAGGACCCACCUAUGUAUGGACCUUCAAUCUCAAGACCAAAGAGUACCCUUCCAAGUGGACCCUAGCUGGGGUGGCUCUGCUACUGCAGAUCUAA